GGGUUGGCAACCCAGAUUACGUCGAAACUUUCGACUCAAAAGUGAGGUUAUACCCAAGUUUAAGGUUAAUUUUUUCUAAAAAUGUCUUUUAAAGUCUGUAUUAGGCUUUUAUCUCAAGCAAUUAAGCACAAUAAUUUAAAUGCACAAUUAUUUAAUGCAUCCAGCAAAAUAAAAACAUCAAAGUGCCAUAUACCAUCAAUUAGUUUUGUUCACCAAUAUUCCACAAAAGCAAAGGAAGAAGCCAACGAUAGAAAACCUGUGUAUUAUGGCGUAUUAACACCUCAAAUUAAAGCUGUGAAGUUUUUUUCUCUAUCGUCAAGCUUUGUUGGACUUGCAGCUCAGCCAUUUCUUUAUAAUGAAUUGUCGGCUUUAGGAAAUGUAGGAAUAAUAGUAGCAGCGUAUUCCUUUAUUGGCUUUUUUACUUUGGUUACACCUUUAAUGCUACAUUUUAUAACCAAAAAAUAUGUAACUCAUGUAGAAUAUAAUAUACGUACUGGUAAUUAUAUUGCUAAAACAGUGAAUUUCUUCUGUGUAACAAAGGAGCUUGAAUUUAAACCAAAAGAUGUAGUCGUACCUGAUGUUGCAGGAAUGUUUACUACAUUUGAAGCUAAAGGAAAAGCAUUAUUUAUGGAUCCCCGACAUUUUGAUGAUCCCACACAUUAUGAGAAAAUUAUGGGAUAUGAUAAACCCAUUGACUUUAAAUUAUAUGAUACACCUUCAAAUGAAAAGAAAAAUUAACUUAAACUUAGUUAAGAUAUAGUUUUAUAAGAGAGUUGGUACUAUGGUCUAUACCCAAAAGUCCCACCAUGUAACUUUGAUGGGAAUAAUUUUUCGUCAAUGUCAAGCUUAUUUCGUUGUACUUUCUAAAAAUAAUACCUACAAUGUAUUUUUUGUGUUCUAAAUUAAAACCUUUGUACACAAAAAAUACAUAUAUUAUAUUGCAUUAUUUUCAGAAAUAGGACAAAGUUAGCUUGACACUGACAGAAAAUUAUCCUUAAUUAUUCCCAUUGGCUAACACUUUUGGGUGUGGACCAUAGAACAUUUUUCAUGGAAACUACCAUGGAAUUGUUGUUGUUAUUGUUUUGUAUGUAAAUAUUUAAUUUAUAAAUCAGUUUAUAAGUUUUACAAAAUUGCCUUAAUUAAAC